CAGCUUUGCAAUCCUUCUUGCUUAGAGGGUCUUGUGGCCAUGAACGGGGAAGGUGAAAGAAACGGUUCCCCAGACAAAGGUCUGAGGCGAGAAACUCCUGGUUCUGAUGUGCCCAAGUCAGAUGGCAACGCCAGUGACCCAGCUGUGCAUUUUGCGUUUGAUGCCGCUGAUGACCUGCUUGGUGGUGGAGGCGGUGACGGUGAAGGUGGCAACAAGCGGAAGAUUGGAGAGCAACAGAGUCCUAGAGUUGCUCAACCCGUGCCGAAGAAAGUCAAGACAGAGAACGGCUCCAGGCCAGCCGGAUCGUCCAAAGCUCAAAAGCUGUGCGCGCUGUGUGAGAAAGAGCCAUGUGCUCCAAAGUUUGCCUACUGUGCUGAGUGCAAAAAAGACGUCCAGUCGUGCCAGAAUGCAGCCAAAGCUGAAGGGAGACUGGAAGACUACAAGCGCUUGACCAAAACCACAGCGGGACUGCGCCACUUGAUUGCGCACUACCAAAUCAAUUGUCCUUCCAGGGGCCAAGGAGUUCCACGGUGCAAGAUGGACUGGGUAUCCUACAUGGAACAGGCCUUUUCCGAGGAACGCGUUGUUACUGGCUCGAAGGAGGUGUAUAUGGACUACCCUGACUAUGAGGUUCACAUGAAGGUCAAGGGCUACACUGGCGCGGAAGCCAUUUCGAAAUGGCAAGAGAUGGAGUCGAGUGGCACGGAGCAUGACUUCAAGGGGCGGAAGGACUUUGAGAAGAGGUUCGCUGUCAGCGUUGAGGACUACAAGCUCACGGAGAAUGUCACUGGUGAUAGAAAGGAGAUUUCGACAUGCUCCAAGCAGAAGAAAGUCAACAGCAAGGAAGGCAUUGAGUUGCUUGGAAUGAAGCCGAAGUUGAGGGGUGGCACUUCUGGCAGCCCAGAUGCAAAGCAACCUGGUGCCGCCAAUGCCAGCACUUCUCCGACAGAGAAUGUUCCUGUUCCAGAACCUGAACCAGAAAACACCAACAAAGGGGGAAGACACAAAGACAUUGCUCGUUACCGUGCUUCACUUUUUGACAAGAACGCCAAAGCCAUUCAAGGCUUGGGAAGUGAGAGCGCUUCCGCACUGCACUCUGCGGAUCAAUUGUGCCAGAAACACGCAUCGGAGAAAGAGAACCUCAAACACUUCUUUGACAUCCUGAAUGUUCGAGUGAAAUUGCUGACAGCUUUGACCAAUGAAACCACAACAGAUGGUUUCCUCGCUAAGCUUGACAGUUUGAAGGACAGCUUGGGCUACCAGCCUGUGCCUGAAGAGCAGCUCCGCAACACUUUAGUUGUAGGCCAGUUGCAUGACAUGAACCAGAAAGUCUUGGCGCAGGAGAAGAGAGAUGGGGUGGAGCAAGCUGCCAACGAUGUCAAGAACAUGGUCUCCAUCCACUCACAGAUCCGGAACGCAGUGAAAUCCAGCACAAAGGACAUUGAGUUGGCCGUGAAGAGCAAGGCGAAGAAGGCAGAGGCAGCUGAAAAGAAGCGGAAGCUUGACCUAGAGAAAGAGAACAAAAAGAAAGCAGAUGCUGAAAAAGCAGCAGCUGCUGCUGCCAAUGGACCCCAGAAGGGUGACACUCUCCUCGCAACUGAUCUGAAGAAGCUCGAGACCGAGAUCCAACAGUUUUCCAACUUCGAUGACUUUGAAAAGAACGCGAAGAAAGUGUUUGGUGAUGAGCCUUUUCUGAUCCAACAGUUUGACUUGAUGCAAAAGCUGCUGGCUGACAAUGUCAAUGCGAAGUGUCAACUUGUGAACUUUGGAAACCAGUUCUUGGGGACACAGAUUUGCAAACAGACUGGCCGAGCCCAAUGCCCUGUGGUCGGGGAUGAAAUCCAAAAAACUAUUUGCGCUGUGUUUGACAAGGUUGCUUCGUCUUUCACUUUUCCUGUCCCAACACCUGGAGAAGAGGCAAAGGUCUUCAGACCCCUUCUUCACGCAGCGCUGUUUGGAGGGGCCGGCGACAUGGAGUAUGCCGGCUUUGAGGACAAGGGUCUGGCCCAAGUUCGGUAUGUCCAUAGCGGUGCACGGAAAAUCUUUAUGCUGAACAUCGAAGAUUUGGUUCAGUAUUUGGGCAAAGAGGGGGAGAGCCUUGCAGAUGUGAUCCAUUCAUGGAAAAAUAUGUCUUUCUGGCAGUUGGUCCAGGCAAACUUGCGAGAGAAGGUGAUUGCCGUGUGCCAACCUGCUGGGAGCAUGCUCUAUGUUCCACCUGCUUGGCUGGUCCUUGAGAGGGUCGAGAAUGGCAAGCCACUGGUGGGUAUUCGUCGGUCCUUCAUCGGACGCUCCACGACAGGCAUGUCUGAGGUUGAAUGUUUCUCGAAGCUUUUGCCCUUGACCAACAGUUUGAAGGAGGUGGCCGAAUUGUCUUUGAAGCUCAUGCAAAAUGAGAAGAAAGAAAACUCUUGAACUUUGACUUGGGCUGGGCAGUGACGCGAGCCGAAGAGCUGAAUCGUUAGCUUUGGGGGGGGCACCCAUGUGAAAACACAUGGGCCAUAGGUGUUUGAAGCCUAUGUUAGCUUAGGUAUGUGAAGCGAAAGAGUUCACUCACUCUUUUGCCGCUUUUGCCAGUCCUUUGCUCAGUGAACAUGCCCAGGGCGUGUUUGAGCAGCCCAAGAAAAUGUCGAGUGUUUGAAAUGCGUUUCUCCAGUUUUUUUUGCCUAUGUUGAAUCAUCUAUGACCUGUAUCGCAGGCAAGUAGGGCCGG